AUGACGGGGUCAAACAACGACCUGAAUGUGCUUGGAGCCUCUUCGAUAGUUAAUGAUAUGUUGCAGGGUAAAGCACCAAACAUGUCGUUCGUUGUGAAUGAACAUCAAUAUAACUAUGGGUAUUACCUUGGUGAUGGGAUAUAUCCAGAGUACGCUAUGUUUGUCAAGUCGUACUCAUUUACGGCCGAUGAAAAACGAAAAUUGUUCAAGUUAGCACAAGAAUUGGCAAGGAAGGAUGUGGAACGGGCGUUUGGGGUCCUCAAACAAAAGUGGCACAUUAUCAAACAUCUGGCACGGUCAUGGGAUAAGGCAAAAUUGACGAAGGUGUUGACUGCUUGUGUUAUUUUACAUAACAUGAUAAUAGAAGAAGAGGGUGAGGCUAUUUGUAUGUAUAAUCCGAAAGAUAUUAUUAACCCACUUGCAGUAAUACAAGUCGGCAGCCCUACAUACUUCACACGACUUUUGGAAAUACAAAACAGUGAAACACAUCACAAUUUACGUUAUGAUUUGACUGGGCAUAUAUGGCAAAGGCAAUUCCAUCAACACAGUGGCAAUGACGACGACGAGGUUGACGAUGACGAUGACGACGAGGAGACGACAAUAAUGUAG